AUGCCCUCGCUGACUGGCUACGAGACCAUUCGAAUGAGACCCCGAGCGUCGACUGUGACGCUGCUGAUCUCUGUGCUCGCACUCUCCGUCGCUGCUGUAUCGGCUGAAGAUAACCACAGCAAAAGCUCGGACGAUGGGGUCCCGGAAUUGCGCAGCUUGUCAACCUUUGGUACCUACGAUGCACUCGCAUUGAUCUUCAUUGCUGUGGGACUGGCCAUCUCGGCAGCGGGAGGUGUCGGUGGAGGCACGAUCUUGGUACCCGCCAUGGUCCUCAUCAUGAGCUUUGACAUCAAACGGGCGACGCCCGUAUCCAACCUCGCUAUUGUCGGAGGAGCGAUCGCGAACGCCUGGUUUAACUUUCGCAAACGGCAUCCAGCCGUGGAUCGACCUCUUAUUGACUCGGACUUGGCACUGGCCAUGAUUCCGCUCGUGAUGGGCGGUGCUAUUGUAGGCACGGUGUUUGCCAAGCUCCUGCCUAGCUACUUGAUUUCGCUUCUCUUUGUUGUCGUGCUCACUUUGGGGGGAGCACGCACGGUGUCGAAAGGGAUCAAGAUGCAUCGCAAUGAGACGAACAAGGGCGAGCAACGGGAGUCUGCGUUCGUAACGGAAGCAAUGGGCGAGCAACGACAGACGACCGGCUACAUCGGAGUCUACUCACCAACGUCGUUCGAAAACGUUGAGAAGCAGACUGACGGAGUCGAUCGAGAGUCGGUCCGAGGGUCUCCAUGCACGGCAGACACGGAAAAGCUGGCUCAGAUUCUCGAGCGGGAGCGCCAGUUCUCGCUGCCGAAACAAGGCGUGCUCCUAAUUUGUUACGUUGGUAUCUUAGCAGCAAGUCUCGGUAGUGCAUCCGUGACGUGCAAUAGUGUGGCCUACUGGGCGCUGCUGAUAGCAGAGAUCCCUUGGAUCGCUGGCUUUGGUGUCUACACCGCCAUCUACCUCUACCGUCAACACUGUUGCAAGCUUGCAGUCAACUACGCGUUCGCAGUGGGAGAUAUUCGCUGGACGAAGCAGAACGUUGUCCGCUUUCCGUUGGCAUGUGCUGGUGCCGGGGUGAUUGCUGGUUUGUUUGGCGUUGGUGGAGGCAUCGUGACUGGUCCGCUCAUGAUCGAGAUGGGGAUUGUCCCGGAGGUUGCUUCAGCCACUACAGCCCUCAUGGUGCUGUACUCUUCAGCUGCUGCCACAGCACAGUUUGCCGUGUUCGGCUUGAUUGCGUGGGACUGGGCUCUGAUGAUGUCCGCGCUCGCUUUCGUCGUGACUGCUGUCUCGCAGGUAGUUAUCCUGGGUUUCGUGCGACGAACUGGUCGGCAGUCCGUGAUAGUGCUCUGCAUUGGCGUGACGAUCUGCGUUGGCGCUGUGCUGAUGACGUACCAGUCCAUUGUGAGCACGAUCGAGGAUGCUGGUGAGCCUUUUGAAAUAACUGUGUGCUAG